AUGGGAUCGGUGCGUUUCUGUGUUAUUGAUACGUGUCAACAAACUGCUGGAGCUGUUUGCAUGUGUUGUCAAGAAACUUAUUGCAUUACUCACCUCAAUGAACAUUCCAAUAGAUUUAAAGCUGAAUUGACGCCGUUAUUGAGUGAUCUGGAGAAGAUUUCUGUCAAAAUAAGUACUGAGUAUUUGCUGAUUCGUGCUCAAUCAGUUAGUGCACUCAAGAAGUGGCAAAAAGAAGCUCACGAAGCAAUCGAUGUUUUCCACAAAAGAAAACGACAAGAAUUCGAAGAAUUUUUCGACAAUCAACACGAAAAUCAUCGUAGAGAACACGCCAACUUACAGACUCAAUUAGAUCAACUCAAGAGCAAAGAAAAUCUCGAUCAAGAAUACAUUGAUUCAAUUAUAAAAUCAGUUCGAUCAUUCGAGCAACAAGUGAAUCUCUAUGAACAUCUUCAAUUAAUACUUUCACCAUUAACAAUCGAUGAGCAAUGUGUUAUUAUUCAUCAAAAGCUACCAAUCGUCGAUGAUUAUUUACCUCUUUCGGAUCCACAUCAAACUAUAGAGAUGAAAAGAAGAUCGUUUUCCAUUGCUGCGAAUGAUAAUCUCAUCUUAAUAGAGCAAGAUGCAAAACUAUGCCUGAUAGAUCAGCAAUUGACGAUCAUAAGAGAAAUACCCUGGUCUCGAAGUACUAUCUAUGAUAUGAUUUGGUCAAAUACGCUCAAGGUGUUCUUUAUCAUUACUGGUCAAGAUAUCUUUACCCUUCAUGAAAAAGCGGAUAUUGUCAAAAAACUUUCGAUUACGGAUGCAGACACUAAACAUUGGUAUUGUGGCACAUGCACCAGUGAUAAUCUGUUUCUUUCAGUCAUGGGUCUGAAUCCUUUCAUUUUCAAAUACUCUCUUUUACCCUCGUUCCGGUUUACCAAGAACUACUCUUCUAUCGUUUACCAACAAGAGGAUAUAUUUAUUCAAGAUCUCUCCUCAAACGACCAUAUAAUAGGUAUUCUUUCGGAAACUAAACAGAAAACGAUUUUGUUCGAUAUCUAUUCGUCAACGUCUUUCCAACGAUAUUGGACAAUCACACCUGAUUGUUUCGCUGGUUUACAUGGGAGUCGAUGCUGUGCUUUGACGCAUAAUCAAUGGAUGAUUAUCAAUCCGAACAAUUCGCAGAUUAUCUAUGUGUCUGCUGGUGGAAAAAUAUUCAAAAAAGAAAAAUAUUUCGCAUCACCGAUUCAUGCUGUUCAACUCAAUAACAAUAUUCUCGUGAUAUUGACAGAAAAUGAUCUGAAUCUUCACAAGCUACUGUAA